AUGACAUGGAGCGAAGGGGGCAAAGAGAUGGACACGCUCAACCAGGCUCUGCAGCAGGAGGUCAUUUCUCUCCGCUCGGAAGUCCAGCAACUAAAGUCCAUCCUCAUCGCCCACAAGGACUGCCCUCUUAUCGUUCAUCAGACCGUUGGGGCCACCGCUUCUAAAGGAGGGGAGGGGGGAGGAUCUGGGGAGGUGGGGUCUGUUGGUACAGAGGUCACUCUACUCUCACAACUCUCGGCCAUGCCGUCAAUGUCCCCCCUCAUCUCUUCCCCGGUCCCCAGCGUGGGGUCCGUGGUCCCCAAUAUCUCCUCCUCCCCCCUCACUUUCGUCUCCACCCUCCCCACCUCUCAGGGCUCCAUCAUUUUCACCUCCAAUGGAAUCACCAGCGAUACACCUCCUGAGGUGGCGAAGGAUGUUGAGAUUAGGGCAGACGAUGUGGGCGGGCAGUGA